CGCGCUCUCAAAACAAAGGAAGACGGGUCCUCGACUGCAGAGGAAGCAGGAAGCUCUGACCCUGCUCUGAGCCCAGCUGCCGGGGCCUGGGGACAGCGGGAUGGAGUCCGUGGCCCUGUACAGCUUCCAGGCCACGGAGAGUGAUGAGCUGGCCUUCAACAAGGGGGACACGCUCAAGAUCCUGAACAUGGAAGAUGAUCAGAACUGGUACAAGGCUGAGCUGCGAGGUGCUGAGGGCUUUAUUCCCAAGAACUACAUCCGCGUCAAGCCCCACCCGUGGUACUCGGGCAGGAUCUCCCGGCAACUGGCCGAAGAGAUUCUGAUGAAGCGGAACCACCUGGGAGCCUUCCUGAUCCGGGAGAGUGAGAGCUCCCCAGGGGAGUUCUCUGUCUCCGUGAACUACGGCGACCAGGUACAGCACUUCAAGGUGCUGCGCGAGGCCUCGGGCAAGUACUACCUGUGGGAAGAGAAGUUCAACUCCCUGAACGAGCUGGUCGACUUCUACCGCACCACCACCAUCGCCAAGCAGCGGCAGGUUUUCCUGCGGGAUGAGGAGCCCCUGCUCAAGGGCCCCCGGGCCUGCUUUGCCCAGGCCCAGUUUGACUUCUCGGCCCAGGACCCCUCACAACUCAGCUUCCACCGCGGUGACAUCAUCGAGGUCCUGGAGCGCCUGGACCCCCACUGGUGGCGGGGCCGGUUCUGCGGACGCGUGGGCUUCUUCCCACGGAGCUACGUCCAGCCGGUACAACUGUGACCGGGGUGGGGGCCCGGGGCGGGGGCAGAGCCAGCAGGCCAUCCGCCCACCAGACACUGAGGUCCAGAGAGAGGACGUGGACGCCCCGUCCCGGGGUCCCACGGGGCUCAGCCUCACUGGAACGUGGACCUCCUCACUGCCAGGCCCGGGCUCCCGCCGCUUCAUACAAACGGAGACGGGGCCUCGGUGCCCGAGGACCGCUGCGACGUUCAGUGCUCACCAGGCAGGGGGAGCUCCCAGAGCUUCCUGCUGGCCUCUUCCUGUUGCCUGCCAGCUGCAUGGUGUCACGGGGCAGGGGGACAGAAGCCCCACUCACUCCAACCAUCAAUGGCCGCGGUCUCAGGGCUCUUGUAUUUGGGGGCUCUACCCGAGGAAGCAUGGCGGACGGGUUCACCUGGGGCUGACCAUCUUCUGGGCCUCCCUGCCCACCCUCGGAUGGCCCCUCGAGGUGUUCUGGCUACCGGGAAAGUGGCUUAGCGGUGAGGGACAGGCAAGGGGACUGCACGCACAUUGACCUGGACCGAUGGACGGACUCCAGGUGGAGACUGACUUCUCAGCAGCCCCCUGACGACUUCGGGCCCCACUUGGGUGUCCAACACCCUCACCCCACCACAGACACUUUGGGGAGGGCCUGCGGGAGGGGAGUGCAGGGAUGAAAGAAACAGGCAGCUGUCCCUCUCCCACAGGCCCGACACGAUGGACAAGCUCCGAGGGCAGGCCCCGGGCACAGCCACUUGGGGGACCUGGCUGCUCUGGCCUUCUCUGUGUAGGCCCAACUUCUGCCCGGACUGGGGUUCCUGGAGCUCAGGGAAGCUACAGGCCAGGCGGGAGCCAGGGCCACUGCCGGACUUUGAGGUCCAACGGCAUCUGGGAUGGGACACUGGCCUGAGCACAGGCGGGGCGUCCACAUGGAAUGUGCCACCAGCAGCCGGUACUGACUAGCCCCUGCCCAGGGCCUGGGCACUUCGGGGAGCAGGAAGCAUGAAACGGGGCUCCGAAAGUGCUUCGAAUGCCAGGCUGAUGGUGGAAGGGGCGGGGAGCGGGGAGGGAGGGAGGGGACGGCCUCGUGGCAGCCAGGAGCAGCUGGGUUGGGAGGCAGGAGUCCAGGGAGGGGGGCUCCCCUCUGCCCAGGGCCGUCUGGAGACCCUUCAAGCCCCGAGCUGCUCCUGACCUGGGCCUGUGUAUUCAAAAUAAAAACAGGAAAAUGAGUAUAAGGAUGUUGAUCGGAAA